UCUCUCUCUCCAUUAAAAAACUCCAUUAAAAAGAAAAAAAAGAAUACCCACUUCGUCUCCUCCCCUGUUCCUUCAUUAUAACACCCUUUCUCCUCGGUUUCCCUCUUCUCUCUUUGGAGCAUUUCCCCCCCAUUCCCUGCGCCCCACGUCGCCACCUUUUUGUUCCUUUCCCCUUAUCCUCUUCUGGGGUUUACCCUCCCUCUUUGUCCCCCCUUUUUGCGUGUUUUGGACCGUUGGAGCGGGGGGGGGGGUAGGGGAGGAGUUUUACUGGAUCUCCAUUAGCUUCUCUGUUUUCUCUUUCAUAGCGCUCAUUGUGGCCUUUUGGGGGCGCCAUGUCUCUAGCCAUUGGAGCAGCACUCUCGAGCUCGACGAAGAUGGGUUUGGAGGGGGAGGAGAGGGAGGGGGAGAGCGCGGAUGAGAGGCUCAAUAGGCAGAUGAGCGAGGCCUCUGUUUACGCGACUGAGGAUGAUGAUGAUGAAGAAGAACAACAAGGGAUCAAAGGGGCUAAAGCGAUUGAUUUGGGGCCCAGAGUUAGUAUCAAGGAUCAACUAGAGAAAGAUAAGGAUGAUGAGAGCCUGAGGAGGUGGAAGGAGCAGCUUUUGGGGAGUGUAGAUUUGAGCUCUGUUGGAGAAACAUUGGAUCCAGAAGUUAAGAUCUUGAGCCUAUCAAUCCUAUCACCGGGCCGGCCCGACAUCGUUCUCCCGCUCCCCGUCGAGCCGAAUUCGAAGGGAGUGUGGUUCACUCUCAAGGAAGGGAGCCAUUACAGGCUCAAGUUCACCUUCUCUGUGAGCAACAACAUUGUCUCUGGUCUCAGAUACACCAACACAGUUUGGAAAACUGGCAUUAAGGUGGACAAAACAAAGGAAAUGCUGGGGACCUUUAGUCCUCAGCUUCAGCCUUACACAUAUGAGGCACCUGAAGAGACCACUCCCUCUGGUAUUUUCGCGAGGGGAUCGUAUUCCGCAAGAACUAAGUUUGUGGACGACGACGGAAAAUGUUACCUGGAGAUCAAUUACACAUUCGACAUACGACGAGAGUGGCCGUCAACUGCAAACUGAGCACGCCCUUCAUCACCGUUCUCAGCGAAAUGCCGUGAUUGUCCUUUCUCCUUUCGUUUGUCUACGACUGUGUGGGUGUAGUUGAAGGAACCUAUUUGAGUUGUAAUUUGUUUUACUCCAUUUUCCUUCAUUGUUAGGUUUAAUCAUCUGUACAUUGAAUUGUUGGACUAAUGGACAAUGUAGACAUUGCCGACGAACUACUUAAAUUGUUCUCCAACUUGUUGGUUGGCCCUGUUCUUGUGCA